GGGGUCUUAAUCAACUAGGCGGCAUGUUUGUGAACGGACGCCCGCUCCCGGAGGUCAUCCGGCAGAGGAUCGUAGACAUGGCACACCAGGGAGUGAGACCCUGCGACAUCUCUCGCCAGCUGAGGGUCAGCCACGGCUGCGUCAGCAAGAUCCUGGGCAGGUACUAUGAGACGGGCAGCAUUAAACCAGGAGUCAUCGGGGGCUCCAAGCCGAAAGUGGCGACUCCUAAAGUGGUGGAGAAGAUAGCGGAGUACAAGCGGCAGAACCCCACCAUGUUUGCGUGGGAGAUCCGAGACCGGCUGCUGGCCGAGGGUGCUUGUGAUGGCGACACCGUGCCCAGCGUCAGCUCCAUCAACAGGAUUAUUCGCACAAAAGUUCAACAGCCAUUCAACCUUCCCCUGGACAGCAAAGGCCUCAGUCCUGGACAUACGCUGAUUCCCAGUUCAGCCGUCACUCCUCCAGAAUCUCCUCAGUCGGACUCCCUGGGCUCCACCUACUCCAUCAGCGGCCUGCUGGGAAUCCCACAGACCAGCGGCGAGGGCAAGAGGAGCCACGACGACAGCGAUCAGGAGAGCUGUCGGCACAGCGUGGACUCUCAGGGCAGCGGUGGAGGGCCCCGGAAACAGCUGAGGGCCGAACACUUCUCAUCCCAGCGCCUGGACUGCGGCUUCGAGCGGCACCACUACAGCUCCGACACGUUCGGCCCGACCGCAGUCGGGAAAACAGAGCAGGCGCUCUAUCCUCUCUCACUCAUCAACGGCAGUCUGGACGAGGCUAAAGGAGCUUCAGCUGUCAGUCGAAACCUGGCGGCCCAUCAGGGAUACACAGUGGUUGCAGAAGCUCUACAGCCCCUCCCACUCUGUCUGAAACAGGAAAUGUCACCCGAGGUGAACAGCUCAAGCCCCUCCCCCAACAUCAUCGCUAAUGCAGCUUUCCUGGAGCUCACCUCGUCAUCAGCACCCAUCGCUAACAGCUGCAGCAACGCCACUCAUUUAUCUCAUGGCUUCCACUCAUUUUCCCAUCAUGCCCCAGUGCACGGGCAGUUCGGCAGCCCGCCGCUCAUCGCAGGCAGAGAUGUGGCGAGCUCAAUGCUGCCCGGUUAUCCUCCACACAUCCCCUCGGCCGCGCAGACCGGCUUCUCCUCCUCCACCAUCACUGGGAUGGUAGCAGGUUCUCCGUAUUACUACAGUUCCGCCGCCCGCGCGCCGCCCUCCGCCACUGCUUACAAUCAUCUCUAGUACCGGAGAACCGGAGAACUUUCUCUUCUUACUGUGGAGCGUCCAGUGAAAGACACAAGGAGUGAAGAAAAACGAAAACAUAUUGACGGACGUUACCUUUUAUUGCCUGUAAAACUAUUUAUGUCCUUUGUUCACGGCCCGAUUAAAGGCCAUG